CGCAUGCGUUCGGGACGCCACAGCCUCGCCAUGGCCCGGGUAGGAGCUUGCGGCAAGUGUCGCGUUGCGUCCUUCUCCACUGCUGUCGGUGGUGGCGGCAGCCUUGGGCGCGACAGGGGCCCAAGGGAAGUACCUGGAGCCUGGAAAUCCGGGAAAGCUCGAGACUCGCUACGUGGCCGAAGGCGGCCAAGCCGCGCAUUGGCGCGGCGACGACUUUUUCACCCAGACGCUGCCACUGCGCCCGCGCCGCCCGUGUUGCAGCCCGCAUGCCACCUCCAGAAAUGACCGGAAUCUUGCGGCCCACUGAGGCUGUGCGCUGAGGGUCUGCAGACUGCGGGAGCCGUGCACAGUGAUCUUCGAUUUUCACAAGAGCCCUGCAAAGUAGGUUCCCAUUUUACAAAUGUGGAAAACAGGUCCGGGGGAAGGGUUCAACUGACUUGUUCAGGCUCCGGCAUUUAGAAAGCGGUCACCCCAGUCUAAGGUUCUUCUCACGGCUUCCCAAUCCUGUAGACCUCACUCGAGCCGACCCCGCGCCCAGAGCUCUUGUUCGCUCUUGUCGCCGCCUCUCAACCCCUAGGACGAUGCUUGGCCCGGAGUAGACUCUCAACAAACUGGAUGCAUGAAUGCAUGAACGAACCUCCACUAUUCCAGAAGUUGAGGAUCCCAAGCUGAGAGAGGAGGUGGAGUUUCUGGACCAGCAGAGCUGAGGGAACCCAGACUUGAAGUGAAGCGAAGCAGCUCUGCUGAGGUCAGCGCCAUGGCCGCUCCACAGGAUUCAAAUGAGACUUCCUAUCUGCUCCCUCCAAACAGUAAGGACUGGGAAGAGCAAGGCAUUCCUGACUUUGUCUACGGGCAGAAGGAACUUGUGCUGGAAGGGAUUCAGUGGCCUAGGACUGCCCCCGGCCUCCUGGACACGCCGCCGCGGUCUCGCUUCGACUCUGCUCUCUGCUCCGCCUGGAGGCAGCGCAUGGACCUGGGGCUCUUCCGCUACCGCCUGGGGGAGCUGCAGACCCAGACCCUCCCUGGUGCUGUGGGUUUGGUGGCUCAGCUGAAUGUGGAGCGAGGCGUGCAGAGGAGGCGCCCCCAGAACAUCCGGAGCGUGAAGCAGGCAUUUGACCCUGAACAGUUUAACUUCAACAAGGUCCGGCCAGGAGAAGUGCUCUUCCGUUUGCUCCGGGAGCCCGAUCUCCCGGCUGCUCUCCGGCAAGAGGACAUCCUCGUCAUGAUCAAUGUCAGCCCCCUGGAGUGGGGCCACGUGCUGCUGGUGCCCGAGCCCACCCGCGGGCUCCCCCAGCGCCUGCUGCCAGGCGCGCUGCGGGCCGGCGUCGAGGCCGUGCUGCUGAGCUCACACCCGGGCUUCCGCGUCGGCUUCAACAGCCUGGGGGGCUCGGCCUCGGUGAACCACCUGCACCUGCACGGCUACUACCUGGCUCGCAGACUGCCCGUGGAGGGGGCGCCGAGCGAGCCCCUGGACCCUGGCGGCCGUCUGCAUCUGCUCCGGGCCCUCCCAGCUCCCGGCUUCCUCUUCUACACAGGCGGGCCGGGGCCCGACCUGGAAGCCCUGAUAGGCAGGGUGUGUCGGGCCACUGACUACCUGACCGACCAUGAGAUUGCCCAUAAUUUAUUUGUGACCCGGGGGGCCCCACCUGGAAAGACAUCACCUUCCUCCGCUCUCACAGGCGUCCGCGUAAUUCUGUGGGCCCGGAAGUCCAGCUUUGGGGUGAAGGAAGGCGAGGCGUUCAAUGUCGCCCUCUGUGAGCUGGCCGGGCACCUCCCUGUCAAAACGUCCCGGGAUUUCGGCAGUCUGACAGAGGCGGCCGCUCUGGCCCUCAUUCAAGACUGUCUGCUGCCCUCGGCCCAGGCAGAAGAAGUACAGGCAGCCCUGGUGGCCGUGAUAGCCCAGGACGAGCAGUGAUCCUUCUAGAAGUAUUUAUUUUCUACCUGGUCUAAGUCCCUUUCCAUGUGGUCGUUUGGGCUUCCAUGACUGCCACCUUACCCGUCUCAGCCCAAGGGGAGGGAUAAAGAACUGACAAGUGAUCUCUAAAGAGAAGAAACCUUAGAAUAAAUCGAAUGAAUGAGC